AUGCACCCCUUGAUAGCAACCCACUGCGUGAGCUUCAUGGGCUGGCUAAGAGAUAGAUUUGCCCCGGUGCUGCCCAAAGACAUUCGCAAGUUGCUCCUUGAGCGGAUCGAAUUAGUUGACCAGGUGAUGCAGGAUCUGCUACCAGCGGAAAACUUAACAGUGGAAGAAGUCGUUGAAAUAUUUCAGCUGGAUUACGAUUCGGAUUUGAAUGUUUGGGAUUUGGAGCCAGAGGAUAUGUGGGAUAUGCCACUGUGCCUGGGCUCUCUUCUUUCUGAACUCAACUACGUCUCUUCGGGGCGUAAAAGCGAUGGACUUAUCCGAUGCCGCCUAAACCUCAUCCUCAUGACCUGUCUCGCAGCGGAGGAGCGACAUUUCAAUGGUCUGCCACCGGAUCCAGCUCUUACUGGUUGUCACCACGAACCACCUUCCCAACAAUCACCACCUGAAUCGUUUGCGAUACCACCUGAAACGGUGCGCUUGAGCAUGGAGAUACGCUUUAUGGAAGAAGUGUAUUACAAUAUGGGCGGGCGGUAUCUCUAUGGUUCAGCGGAUUUUGCGUUGUGGUAUGGACCUGUCGCAGAGAUGGCGACUAAUCUAGUCGUUGUGGCUGUCGGUGGGGAGCGUACAGCGACUCAGGGAGAGGGGAAGUGUUUGGCAAUUAUGAGUCUUAUUCAUCAGAAGAGAAAAGAGUAUGGGAAGAAAAUUUUCACCGUGUAUGGGUUAUGCAGUGAUGGCGUUGAGUUCAACUUUCUCAGGUUGGAUAGUGACUCCAAAUUGUCUAGAAUCGGUCCUGCGCUUGACUGGAGCUGGGGAAGAGCGUCUGAUAUCGUGUCCCUCAUUCGGUAUAUCAUGCGCACGGCGAUCCUGGCGACACCAACUUCCACGCCGAUGAGGAGUGAUUGUUCUAUGGAACUGGGGUAA